UCUCAGACUCAGUUGGUUGAUAAUGGUGGUGAAAUCCGUUUAGUCAGUUCCGCACUCAACUUAUUCACUUACUAUCAUGGAAAAAUCCAAAUCAAAACCCUCAUUUCCAGUAUUAAUAUCCCCUGAUUUUACAUUAUAACAUUCAAUUUAAGAAUCCAGUUUUAAUUUCUCAAUACAAUUUUAGAGAUAAUGUUAGGAGGAUUUAGGAUUGAUUCCUUUGAGAAUCCUCCUGCUGGUGGUGGUGGAGGAGGAUUGUUUUUAGAAUCAACUGUUCCGAUUUCUUUCGUUUCAUUCAUUUCAUCAAGAAUUGAUUGCUCAAAUCCUUCUUUUUGUUCUUCUUCAUCGUCAUCAACUAGGGUUUUGAAAAAAUUGGCUUCUAAUUCUUCUAAUGGAUUUUUUGAGAGAAAAGAGAGGGGAAUUAAUGGUUUUCUUAGUGUUAGUUUGUCAAGUAGUGGGAAUAGUGAGUAUGUGGAGGAAUCAUCCAAUAGUUUAUUGAAGCAGGAGAAUGGGGAGAAUAUGAUGAAUGUGGUGGAGGAAUCAGUAGAGAAGAAACAGACACAGAAGCAACAGAAUAGAAUUAGGUUAAGACAGAAAGGUGCUAUGAAUACUACUAAGCAUUUAUGGUCAGGUGCAAUUGCUGCCAUGGUUUCUAGAACCUUUGUGGCUCCACUUGAGAGACUAAAGCUUGAAUACAUACUACGUGGUGAGAAGAAGAAUCUCUUUGAACUCAUUAAGACAAUUGCUGCUAAUCAAGGCUUGAAAGGAUUCUGGAAAGGGAAUUUUGUCAAUAUACUUCGUACAGCCCCAUUUAAAGCUAUCAAUUUCUAUGCUUAUGAUACAUACAGAAAGAAUCUGCUCAAAAUGUCCGGGAAUGAAAGUACCACGAAUGUUGAGAGGUUUCUCGCUGGUGCUUCAGCUGGCAUUACUGCUACCAUACUCUGCUUACCAUUAGACACGAUCCGAACAAAGCUUGUAGCACCUGGUGGCGAGUCCUUGGGUGGUGUUGUUGGUGCUUUCCGACACAUGCUACAAACUGAAGGGUUCUUUUCACUGUACAAGGGCUUACUACCAUCUAUUCUCAGCAUGGCACCUGCAGGUGCUGUUUUUUAUGGAGUGUAUGACAUAUUGAAGUCAGCUUACUUACAUUCACCAGAAGGAAGAAACAGAACCAAGUACAUGAAUCAACAAGGACAGGAACUGAAUGCUUUCGACCAGUUGGAGUUGGGUCCCUUUAGAACCUUACUCUAUGGGGCAAUUUCUGGUGCUUGUGCUGAAGCUGCGACUUACCCAUUUGAAGUUGUGAGGAGGCAACUUCAAAUGCAAGUUAAGGCAACAAGGUUGAGUCCUCUGGCAACGUGUGCUAAGAUAGUAGAGCGAGGAGGCGUUCCAGCUCUCUAUGCAGGGCUAAUCCCCAGCUUAUUACAGGUUCUUCCGUCGGCUGGUAUAAGUUACUUCGUCUACGAGUUCAUGAAGAUAAUUUUCAAAGUUGAAUGAGCUUAUAUCAUUCAACUUUUCUGAAGUCUCUAACUGUAACCUCAAGGCUAAGUAAGUACUGCCUCAUUUCUUUCACUUGUAAGUAGCUUUUACUAUGAACUUCAAAACAGACAACACAUAGCCCUGCUAAGUUGCCGAUUACCAGGUCGAUCACCAUUAAGUGUCUGGUUUGAGAAGGAAGAGAAGAGAGCAAAGAAAUGUUAAAAUCUGAAUGGUCUGUACACGUCUGUUCAAAAAUGUGCAUGAUCAGAAGAAUAUGCUUUCCAGUUGCGAAUUUUGAACAUAAACAGUUUUUGCAAUUGAGAUUAGAAAGUUCAUUUCA